AUGGCGCUGAUAACUAUCGGUAUUCUGGUUUCCGUGACCACGUGCCUCGUUUUCCAUCUUCUCACUGUAACCUUGGCUCCAAGGAGAGCACCAAAGGGCUUGCGAGAUGUUCCCGUUGCCGGAAGUCAAGCAGCUCUAAUGGGCGCCCACCCGCAACGGCAGCUACAAAGUUGGAGUCGAGAACAUGGGGAGCUUUUCAAGGUACGCUUAGGUGGCGAGCAAUGGAUCUUCGUGAACAGCCCAGCAGCCGUGAAGGAGAUCUUCGAUAGGCAAUCACAGCACUCCUCCUCUCGGGCUCCAAGUCCAGUCGUGUCGGAUCUUCUCUCCGGUGGUAUGAGGUUCUUACUGAUGCCGUACUCGCCCCAUUGGAGGAAGCUACGUGCAAUUGUGCACAAGCUCCUGACCCCAAGGUCGUCGAACACCUUUAUACCCUCCCAGGAAUUUGAAGCAAAACAACUUCUGUGGGAUAUUUUAACCGACAAUGGAAACCAGGAGAAUUUCUACAUGCACAUCCGCAGGUAUACUACGUCCGUGGUAAUGACCUCCACUUACGGACGACGAGUCCCUGUAUGGGAUUGCGAAGAUGUUCACGAGAUAUACGGUCUAAUGCAGGAGUUUAGUGAGGCUGCAAACCCGGGAAAGCACAUUGCCGAAAUCUUUCCAGCCUUAGCCAAUAUUCCUGUUUUCAUGCAAUGGUGGAGGAGGGCUGCACAGCAGUCUUUUAAUCGCCAAGCGGCUAUUUGGAUGAAAUACUGGACGCAACUUAAGGCGCAGAUGAAUUUGAAUCAGGCCCCCGAAUGCUUUGUGAAACAGUUCAUCGAGACUGACUAUGGAAAAAACGGUAUUAGCGAGCUUCAAGCGGCCUUUGUGGCGGGUACAAUGAUCGAAGCUGGGUCGGAAACGACAUCUUCGGCGCUCAACUCCUGCGUCAGGUAUUUUGCAGCCUAUCCAGAAGCCCAGGCCAAGGCAUAUGAGGAGAUUCGCCGAGUGGUCGGCGAGAAUCGCGUCCCUAGUUUUGAGGAUGAACGAGACCUACCUUACAUAAGAGCCUGUGUCAAGGAAGUUCUUCGAAUCCGACCUGUCACUAAUAUUGGAAGCCCCCACUACACCACGGCCGACAUUGUGUACAAGGACUACUUCAUCCCGGCAAACACCGUCGUCUCUGUCAACCAGUAUGCACUUCACUUUGACCCAGAACGCUACGAUAAGCCAGAUGAUUUUAUACCGGACCGCUAUCUCAACCAUACCCUGAAAGCGGGUGCAUACGUAGCGCAUCCUGAUCCUUAUGAACGAGACCACUUUGACUUUGGCGCUGGUCGACGAAUCUGCCCGGGCAUGCAUCUGGCCGAAAACAGUCUUUUUAUAACAAUUGCUUCCAUUAUCUGGGGCUUCGAAAUCCUACCACCAAUUUUGGAUGGCCAGGUCAGCGCGGUUGAUGUUUCUGAUGCAGCCUACGAAGAGGGAGUGAACACCCUCCCGAAGCCUGGAAAACUGCUAUUUGUGCCGCGCAGUGCGGUAGUGGAGAAAACUAUCAAGGCGGAAUGGCAGAAAGCGAAAAAAGAUGGUUAUAUGCUAGGGUCGAUCAAAGUGGAUGCUGAGGGGAUGGUCGCCGGCAGCAAAUAA